AUGUCUUGGGAACAGCUCCCGGUCGAGACCACGAGCGACAUCUUCUCCUACCUCCAUGACGACGACGAUGGUACACGUGAAUACGCAGACCACGGCCACCCGACACUGUGCGCGCUGGGUCUCACGUGCCGCCGCCUCUCGUCGGUGGCCAUCAGUCAGCUGUACGGUGACAUCGUCUUCGAGGUCAAUCGGAAGGAAGCCAAAGACCUUGAGCGCCUUCGCCUGUUUGACCGCGCCUGUCGCGCCAACCCCUCUCUCGUGGACCGCAUCCUCUCUGUCAAUGUCCGCUACUUCGAGGAUGCUGACACUCACGCCGAAGCCUACGACGAGUUGCUGCGACAUCUUGCCGCCUCCAAGUCCCUGAAACGGUUGGAGUCCCAAUUGAGUAGCCACAAGUCCGGGUCGCCUCUGCCAGCCCUGUACGAUCAUCACAGCGGCUCUUUCCCCGCCGUGACGCAUCUGCAGGUCCAGCUGGAUCACGUUGAGAAAGAGCAUUUUCUGCCGGCGGAGCGGCUGUCCAGGCUGUGCGAGCUGCCAGCCCUUGAGCAGCUGACGGUCAUGGCGCCCAUCGGUGGAAUCAGAGACCAGGCCAAGUUACGCGAAAUGGGAACGCAGCCAUUCCCACAUCUAAAGCACCUGCAUUUCUGGUGUGCGCGUCCCGUCUCCCUUGACGCGCUACAGAUUAUGCUCCCACGAGCCCCGAACCUGACGUGUCUGAGCCUCGGUCUGCCGGGGUCCUCCACCGAGGUCAAUCGGAAGUACUCCGACGACUCGUCGAGUCUCGGGUACGAUCUCGACGGGCCGGUCCAACCGCGCCUGUACGGCGAGUUGCUGGCCCCCGUGAAGAGCAGCCUCACGUCCCUGGAAUUGGAUGCGGACAAUGUCCACUAUCCGUCGCAUGAUGGCUCGAGGAUCGACCUUUCUGCUUUCGCAAACCUGACCACGCUAAAACUUAGCUGCGCGCUGGUCUUUGGGUCCGACAUGGCCCCUGCGUUGAAUGAGGGACUGUGGAGGUUGCUGCCGCCGCGGCUGGAGCACUUGUCUGUCGGCUUCGACGGCUAUCAGGGGCUUUACUGGUCGCUGCACGACAUGAGAAGCCACGCCCGCGAACACAAAUUUGCCGAGCUUUGGCGGCACCGUUUGGAGGAGUCGUCGGUAGACUGGGUCGUGAGCCUGCUGAAGCGAAAGGGCGAGCAGAACAACAUACUCAAGUCCAUCACCAUUGAAGAGAGGGAGAUUAUUGACCGGGACCCCAACUGGAAGAUUGGGGUCUGGAAGGGGGCAUAUCGUCUGGGUGAGAUGGCGGCCGCGGUGGGCGUCGAGCUGGUGAUCAGGUUGCGCGUGCCUCGGAAUUUCGAGUCCGAUGAGAUGGAGGGCGCUGAAGAACCCUGGCACGUUGGAAAGCCGGGAACUGUUUCUUAUGCAGAUGAUGUAGAUCCUAAUACUCCCAGCGACGAUGGAGAUGCUCAUAGUUCCGGUGAUGAAUCGACAUAA